UUCUGUCACUCACUUCCACUCUUCCAAUUAUAUACCUUGAACUACUUCUUCUUUCUCUCAUUGUCUUCUGUGUUUGUUUCUCUAAACAGCAAAACAAUGUUACUAAGAAGCUCCUCCGCACCAAUACCAACCUCGUUCAUACCCCAUUCUAGGGAACCAUCCUCCCCUGAAGCAGAAAGGCUUCUUCAAUUUUCUAGAACAAGAUCAUUUGCCAGUCCAAGACAAAACUUGCCUGACUCAUCAGAUCAUCAAAGCCCAACAAAGCACAACGACAACAAGAGUUGCAUACCACGUAGUAACGUGCUCAAGAGUCAGCAUGGUACCAAGAUCAAAGAAAGCGACCAAGUGAUUCACACAACAAAAGGGAAACCUUCAAUCAGAGAACUCUUCUCAGUCUCAGGUUUAGAUAGGCAAGUCCUAGUAGAAUAUGAUGAAGAUGGUGGUGAAGAGAAGAAGAGAGGUAAUAGGGGAUUGCAGACUUUAGUUGUUGGUGGUGGGAUGGGGAGUGAUGGUGGCAAGAUAUGUGGUGGCAGUGGAAGAGUCCCAGAUGGAAGUGGCUGGGAAUCAGAUAAGACUGAUGCUUAUUACCAAACCAUGAUUCAAGCUAACCCCAACAAUGCGCUUCUGCUUGGAAAUUAUGCUAAGUUCUUAAAAGAGGUUCGUGGAGAUUAUCCUAAAGCCGAAGAAUAUCUUGAAAGAGCCAUUUUGGCUAAUCCUGGUGAUGCAACUGUUUUGUCACUCUAUGCGGAUUUAAUUUGGCAAAUAGAGAAGGAUGCUGAUCGUGCUGAGGGAUAUUUUGAUCAAGCUGUUAAAAGCGCCCCUGAUGAUUGCUAUGUCCUGGCUUCUUAUGCUAAAUUCCUUUGGGAUGCUGAAGAGGAGGAAGAUAAAGACCACCAACAUCAAACUGAUCACAGCAAUGUCUUUCACGGAGCUAAUGGCCAGCCUCAUUUUAAUGCAUACCUCUCUGUCUCUGAGUGAUGUUCCUAUUAUACUAUGUAGUACCUAAGUGGGGUUGACUUUGCUGAGAUGAGUGUCUGGUUGUAAAUACCUUAUGGCAUAAAUAAGAGAAGGCAACUUUUUAUGUGUA